UCAUCCGAAAGAGCGUGCGACAUGAUGGGCGAUUGGUAGAUGUGAAAGUACUGGGAAAGAUUGCGUGGAAUCGAGAGAUGUGGAAAGGUUGAUAUUCGUUGGAAACGUUGGAGCUUCAACAGCAACAACAAGGUUGGGGAUUAACAACCUGGGAUAGCUCCAAGGUCCAGAAGCGAUAAGGGAAGCGACGUCCCGAUUAAUGAUCAUGUGAUACUGUGGCGUUUACGUAUUCUCGAAGUAUACUUGUCUGAACGGUGAGGAAUGUUCCUUGACUCGUGGGAAAUGAAUAAUUUAUGCCAAAUUUCUUUCUAUUUCAUCUGAAACUCGUUGUUCGCACUGUCACAUUUGCAGAAUUAUAUUUGUUGUGAUUCAUUGAGAGCGGUUGUUCUUGGAGUAAUUUGCAUCGCGACUCAGGAUAUCGAACUUGCGAUCGUUAUACAUACCCCCGAGAUCUGGUGGACAUCGCAUAUGACUUAAUGUUGACCGCGUGUUGGAACAAUCACUUUACACACACAGUCUCUCUCAAACUUAAUUAUUACACCAUAUAAUCUCUUUCUCGGACAGAGGACGGUACUUUACCAUACCAAAUGAAGCUUUGCAAUACAUCGUAAUGGGACAGCUCGGCGACCUAUCGCCUGGGGGAAGUGUGGCUAUUGGGAUAUUAGUAGGACUUAUAUCCACGAGUGUCCAAAGUCUCGGUUUAACCCUCCAACGCAAAUCACAUAUUCUAGAAGAUGAGAAAGGGGCACAGCAUGUUCGACGACCGCCUUAUAGAAGGAGAAGAUGGCAGCUGGGCAUGGGCAUGUUUAUCAUAUCGAAUCUUGUGGGCAGUACGAUCCAAAUAACAACUUUACCUCUACCUGUAUUGUCAACUCUACAAGCCUCGGGUCUGGUCUUUAAUUCUAUUUGCGCAACUUUGAUACUGGGAGAACCAUUUACAAAAUGGUCUCUAGGGGGAACAUUAUUGGUUUCGACAGGAGCGAUUCUGAUUGCUAUAUUUGGGGCUAUUCCAGAGCCGGCUCAUUCGCUGGAUCAACUACUAUUACUUCUCGGACGACGAACCUUUGUUAUUUGGAUGAUAAUGCAGACUUUAUUGGUUGCGGGAAUAGUCGCUCUGGCAUGGUUUCUGGGGAGGGUUCCAAGAAUUUCUGCAAGUCCUCGAAUCCGACUCCUCAGAGGAUUGGCAUAUGGAUGUAUUAGUGGAGUAUUGUCAGCCCACUCUUUAUUGGUAGCCAAAUCAGCAGUCGAACUGUUGGUCCGAACGAUUAUUGAUCGACAUAACCAAUUCGAUCGAUGGCAAUCAUGGGCUAUUCUUUUCGGUCUCGUCUUCCUGGCUCUCACACAACUAUACUUCCUGCAUCGGGGUCUCAAAUUAGUAUCUACCAGUGUGCUAUAUCCACUGGUAUUUUGCAUCUAUAACAUCAUAGCCAUUCUCGAUGGCCUCAUAUAUUUCAAACAGACUGAUCGACUACCUGCCCUACACGCAGGGCUGAUUGCUCUCGGAACGGCCAUUCUACUAUCUGGCGUCCUAGCUCUCUCUUGGCGCCUCAACGAAGAACAAACUCAACCAGCUGUAGCCCAAAGUGCGCUCGCCCCCGGCCUCGGCCUCGUCGAAGAUACUGACAACGAUUCUUCAGAAUCCUAUACUGCAGAUGAAGAAGCUGCCAUCACAAAUGAACAUCAAGCUCUGCUAAGCGACGAGCCCAUGACUCCGACCACUAAACUUGAUACGAUUAUUGGGGCAACAAGACAUGUAAGGAAAGCAGUUCGUCUUUCAGAAGUAGAUGAGAUUUGGGGUGAAUUAGAAGAUGAUGAUGCGAAAUCUACGCCUACAAGACCAAGGGCGAAGAGACCAAACUUUGCAUCGACAUUCCCUAGAACCUCGAAUUAUGAUGAAGAAGCGGGAAUGGACUCGCCUAUUCCGGAUGAAAAUACAUCACUUCUUCAGCGGGAAGUAUCUUUUUAUCGUAGAAAAAGAAGACGUUCAACGGGUUUCCCAGGCUUUGCAGCUCGUCCUACACCAAGGAAACGCCGUUCUAUGAGAUCAGAAAGUCAAGAUGCGACAGGUGGGUGGUGGAAGAUGAAAUGGUGGAGAGACAGAGAUGGGAGUAAUGGGAAAGGCCCUCCUCCUUCUGGUGGUGAUGGGGGUGCGGGUACGGGAUUGGGAAUCGGUGGGAUAGGUGGGUCGGACGCUGGUCCUUCAGGAACUGGGACGAGUAGUUAGGGAUACGUAUACCUUAUAUAUGAAUAUUGCUUUUUUACUUUCUUAUUUUAUCUUCUCUUUUAAACUUGAGAUUUGAAGGUUUCCUUCUGUCUAGGCUAUUAGGGAUGAAUUAACGAGUACGAAAGAUUGGGUGUUGGCUGUUAUUGUACAUUGAUUGAUUGAUUGUUUUUAUGAAGCUUUUCCUUUCUACUCUUUUCUGGCUCUGCUUUUGCUUUUUUUUUGCCUUUCCCUUUUCUCUUUUAUUUCCUGCUGUGGCGGAAGAAACGAAUGAACGAAUGAACGAACGAAAGAAUGAAAGAAUGGAUGGCGUUUAGAGGAAUCACAAGCAUGCUAGGUAUAUAUGGGAGCGCUGGCAUUGAUAUUACAGUUUGAUGAGGUAUAAGGCAUAGGCAUAGGCAUAGGUAUAGGCAUGGAUAUAGGAUAGGUACAGGUAUAAGGAGCAGCGAGGUAUCAGAAGCGAAGAUU